GGUGCUGCUGAAUGAACAAUAAUCCCGAGAAACUGACGGAGUAUUUCUCCUUCACUUUCAGACAAGUCGUCAGUCAGCCAAUCAGGAAUCCAGGCAGGAGCAUUCUAAGGAAGAGUGGCUAUGGUCGGGUGCUGAGUGCUGAGCAUCCUAAGGAAGAAAGUGAGGAUUCUGUCAUAGCCCCCUAGUCAGUGCUCUUUGUCAGUGCUCGUUAUGUUAGCCUUCUGAUAACAGCUGUGGCUCCAGAGGUGGUGUUCAUUCACUUCAGGCUCCGCUGGUGGUGGUUUCGUCGAGAUUUCUCAUGGUAAACUUGCAGUUUGAGUAGUCUGCGUCGCCAUCUCAGUUGCGCUGUGCCUGUCUUUAAUCUCUGUUGCACUGUGGUAGGCUCCUAAGAAAGUCGAUACACUCCACCUCCUCCUGGUUGCUCGUAUUUUCGGCCUCGAUCCCUCCGUUUGUCAGGUAGGACACAAUCUUCUGGCCUCUCGUCAAAUCUCCGGACAUCUUCCAGCGAGCGCAGUGAUUAGAGUUGACUAGAGUCUGUUGAAACAAGUAGGACACAAUCUUCCGGCCUCUCAUCACGGCGUUUGCGUAUUGUAAUAGGGUUACCAGAACAGAGCAGUCCGUUGUAGAUUCGCAUCCAUCCUUCGUAGAUAAAAUCCAUCGUGAAUUUAUAUCCUUCUUAUAUCAAAUUCGUCGUACACUCAGACGUAGACUGAAUCGGCGAUGCCUCAAUCAUCCGUAGUUAGACGUCGAGUCGGCACCGACGGUAGCGCGGUACGAUCGGACCUUCAAGAGCCGUUGCUGUCAUGGGACGACAGACACGACGACGACGUCCGGAUCGAUCCGCCUGCGACGUCUGCGACGUGUGCGAAUCCCGCGAACGGCGUCGCCAGCCACAGUUCCGACGUUAAGUCGCCGUUGGGGUCUCCGAGGCCAGGGGAAGGCGGGUCUAGAGUGUGGCAGCACCUUCUCGGAUCUUUCGUCUUCCAGUGGGCAGCAUGGCUAGGCCAGCUCAUGGUCGGUGCGCGCACCAGGGUGCUUGCUCUGGGCGGCUCUUUUGCCUCCACGCUGCUGCUCCCCCCGCACGCGCGCGCACCCAUCCGCGGAGGCCCCCACCAGGUGCGCGGGGGGGUUCCCGCCCUCCCCCCCAUCAAGCUCUCCGAACCCCAGGAACGAAGCCUGAAGCUGCUACAAACGAGGAUAGACCCGCUCUUUGAGAACGAGAAAGCCGAGCAUAAAGCAGCACUAGUGGAGUUGUGGGAGCUGGCGUAUCCGGGGAGGGUGUUGACUGAGGAGGUGGAGGUGGCAGGGUGGAAGAAGAUGGGGUGGCAGGGGAAACACCCGUCCUCGGAUUUCAGGGGCGGGGGGUUCUUUGCGCUGGAGAAUCUGGUCUACUAUGCUCGCACAUACCCAAGGUCGUUUCAGCGCAUCAUGCGCAAGCAGGAGGGACGCAGGGCGGAGUGGGAGUACCCCUUCGGAGCAGCAGGGGUGAACAUCACCGUACUCCUUAUAAGCAUCCUCGACUUGCGUAAGGAGAUCCCCUCAACUGUUGCGGGACGAGCUUUUCUAAAUAUAUUACCAGAGCAUCCGACGGCAUUUGAGGAUCUGUACUGCGUGACGUUUGAGAUGAUGGACGCGAACUGGCUGGAGCUCAAAGCCUCUUACAUGGAAUUCAACGUGGUGCUUCAAGCCACCCGGGCAGAGUUGGAGCGCCAUCUGUGCCAGCCCAGCUUCAGUGCCGUUUCUGACCUGCCCGCUUUUGCCCGGCUCACAGCAGAGUAGCCUGCCCACACUCGGAUUGCCCUUUCACACACGCUUCAUGGAGCACCCUCACGCCAGCAUAGCCCCUCCAUGUGCCAUCUGUGCCAGCCCAAGUUCACUGCCGUUUCUGACCUUCCUGCCUGUGCCAGGCUCACAGAAGAGUCAGGAAACUGCAUCCACCCGCAUCGCGUCCAUACUUCCCUCCCUGCAAACUGCAACAAGCUAGGCCCUCGGCGCCAUGCCAUACCCCGUCUCAGAACAGCACAUCCCACCCUGCCAUGCUUCAGACACCGUGACACUGCCAUAAUUUUGUUCUCUUUGCGUACGACACUAGGGUAACAGCAGAAUAAGCAUCCUUGCGGCUAGCCUCUCCUUGUAGCAUGCAGUGUCAGAGGAAUAAAUGUACUGGAGAGAGAGCGGAACAGCCGGAGCAGCAGCUGCAGGGGAAGGCUGGGCUGCCUCUCGUGCCAUGCACACAAAUGCACUAAAUUGCAGCAGAUACGCAAAUUCCACGUGCAGCGUUGGCAUGUGCUGCAUUUCCCAGUAGACGCUUUGGUGUCUGCAGUCGGGCAUUGCAAAAGGUGUUGCUGAAUCCCACGAUGGACGUGGCAUUUGCAAUAUUUGCUAUAUGGCAC